AUAAAGUUACACGAAGCGAGGUACCAAUAAAGUUACACAACCAUACCUCAGGGCGACACUGCAAGGGUACCAAUAAAGCUACACUGUGCGAGAGUACCAAUAAAGUUAUACAGAGCGAGGGUAGCAAUAAAGUUAUACAGAGAGCACGUGGAGGAGGCAGAGUACAGUGCGUGGAGCUGUGGAGACACGGAGGAUUCGUGCGGCUGUGGAGGAGAGAGGCUCCUUUUGGAGAGGGGCGAUUGAGUGGAUGCGUGAUUAAGUGAGUGGUUGCGGGGGUGAGUGAUUUGGUGAGUAAGGGAGUGGGUGCAGGAGUGAGCGAGCGAGUGGGUGAAGGGGUGAGUGAGGGGGUGGGUGAAUCAGGGGGUGGGUGCGAGGGUGAUAGUGAGUGAGUGCGAGGGUGAAGACCAUGUCUCUCUCGGAGAGUCUCUCGGCGCUGCUCAACCCGACUCCUCGCGCCGUGGACCCCGAAGACGCGGACACAGGCUGCUGCAGGGCUCGGCUUGCUGAGCGCUUUGCGCAGAACGAGGAAGAGGAGGAUGAUGUUGGGCCCAGCGUACUGAGGCGCCGCGCCGCGCUCGCAGAGAACGACGCGCGGUAUAGCGGCCUCAUCGCGACGCGCCGGGACCUCCACCACCUCGGAGACCACCGCGACGAUGAGGAUGAUGAUGGAAGCGAUGAUGAGAGUUCGGUAGGAGCUGCGAGCGAAGCGCAAGUGGAGGCGGAGGAGCAGGAGGAAGGAGCUGCAGCGAUCACGAGCGUGACGUGGGAACACACGCACCCUGGAGAGCAGCAACUUCAGGAAGACGAUGACGAAAAUGAUAGCCCUGGUGAUGAUGAUGACAAUGAUGAUGACGCUGAUGGAAACAUCAUGGAUGAAGAGGAGGAGGUGACUUCUGAAGAGGAAGGCCUGUUACAGGGCGGACUGCACAAACCUGAGAAUGGAGGAGUGGCGACAUUUCAGUCAGAAGAGAUUGAUGAAGAGGUGGGCAAGGGUCAGGCCAUCAAACGACAAAUUGGCCUUUGGGAUCAUCUGCUGGAAGCUCGGAUCAAGAUGCAGCGGGCACUGGAGAUCUGCAACCGCCUCCCACAGCCCGACACGCUGCCCGGCUUCAAGGCACGCGCUGGCGACGCCCUGUCGCGCACACUCGGCGAGAGUCGCUCGGUGCUCCUGGAGCAAAUGAGGCUACUGACCGACUUGCAGAACCACCUACUGCACUCAAAUGCAGACACACAGCACAUGGUGGACAGGAGCAGCCUGCACAAUUGGGAGGAGAAGCCAGGCUGCGCUGCUCUCCCUCAGGGGGGCCGGGCGCCCAGCAAGCGCUCGCUGCUCAUGGACGAAUACCCCGACUUCUCCGCCAAGAGAUUCACUGCCUACAAGCAUCAUCGCAAUGCCGUCAUCCAAAAGUGGCACGACAAAACUAAACUCGGCGGAGGCAAGAUGAAGGGCUUCGCCUCGUUUGAUCGCUCCGUGCUGCUGCAAAUUGAGCACGUGUUGCAGGAGCGCGAGCGCCUGCUCCUGCGCACGCAAACCAAGCGCUCUGCCUUCACCAUCCUGGGGAAGACCCCAAACGAGGAGACCAGCAGCAUGGGGACCGACGAGUCACAUCCCGCGGUCACACCACGGGCUGUGUCACAGCUCAAGGACAUUGACCCGGAGGUGUUUGACGAUGGGGAUUUCUACCACCAGCUGCUGCGUGAGCUGAUCGAGUGCAAGACGGCUGCCACGGACUCUAACGAUCAGCUCGCUUGGGGCAGGCAGUGGCUGGAGAUACAAAAAUUAAGAAGUAAAGUUAAGAAGAAGGUUGACACGAAAGCCAGCAAAGGACGCAAAAUCAGGUACAACGUGCACAGCAAGCUGCUGAGCUUCAUGGCUCCUGUCGACAACAGCUGCAUAAGCGAUGAGGCCAGGACGGAAUUGUUCCGUUCUCUCUUUGGGAAAAGCCAGAAGCUGGAGCCGUCACCUGCUGUGUGAAGCAUCACUACACAUUUGCCGCCAUCAAAUAUUCUGAGCAAAUCGCAUGUUGUCUUGGGACUCUUAAAAUAUUUGAACAUAUUUGUAUUAUUCUUUACUCAUUAAAUUCACAUGAAGCGAAUAAACCUGUGUAGGAUUUUCACUUA